AUGAUAAAUUAUGCAUAUCUGCAAGAUCCUAACUGUGACUAUUUUAGAUACGUGGAACCAGGUAGAAUAGCCUAUGUCUAUAGUCCAAACUAUCCAUUUAAGUAUAGAGCAGGAAUUCAGUGUAGGUGGAUAGCCACUUGCCCGCCGGGAUACAACUGCAAACUGGACUGUAACGACGUUAAUAUACCUGAGAGUUCUUCGUGUACACAAGACCGUCUCCUCAUAUCGAGAGUAGGUGAUCCCCAGUUAGAAUCUGCCGAAGCAUAUUGUGGGCACGGCAGUAUUCAUAUUGUAUCAACGGACCAAAAACUAACUGUAGGGCUUAUAACUUCAGCACUAAGUCCUGGGGGUCGAUUUCUAUGUCGACUGUCAGCUCAGCGAGUCCCGCCUGCUCCUUGUUCCUGUGGAAUUCGAAAUAAGAGGCGUAUCGUUGGUGGAAAUGAGACGAAACCUCACGAGUUUCCAAUGAUGGCAGGACUGUUGUUUGAUGGGGCGGACAGGGUGGUGUGUGGGGGAGUUGUCAUCGAUAAGCGAUACGUCCUGACUGCGGCUCAUUGUAUUGUUAACUCAUACGUUGAAGAAGUUGUUUUUGGUUUGCACAACCAAAAUACUUUAGAAACUAAUAAUAAUUCAUCGACAACACAAAGGAUUGCGAUUGCAUCGAGCGUAGUACAUCCGUUAUAUGGGACAUCUGAUUACGAUUACGAUAUAGCCAUAUUAAAGAUGGAGGAAGAUAUAAUUUUCAAUGAAUAUGUGAGUCCUGUGUGUCUGCCAAUUAAAUUUAUUAAGAAAGACUUCGCUGGAGACAACGUGACGGUCAUAGGUUGGGGAACAAUUUUCUUUGGAGGUCCAACAUCGGACGUACUACAAGAAGUGACCCUCGAUGUGAUUAGUCAGAGGUCGUGUCGAGUGAACAGACCAAAUAUAACAUCUCGCCAGAUAUGCACUUUUACUCCGUCGAAGGACAGCUGUCAGGUUGAUAUUUUAACAGCAUCAAUAUUUUUGAAGAGUGAUGAGUCA